GACUCGUUGAAGAAAGUUGCAAUCCAAAUCCAUUUCCCAAAACCAAAUCCAAAUCAAAAUCCAAUCGCUUUCACAUGAAAUCCUGAAACCUCAAUGGCGUCGUUUCCUCCUUCCCCUCCCUCCAAAACCAUGACCUCCUCCUCCGCCUCCUCCGCCUCUUGUAUUUCGUAACAGGAAACGCCUGCCCUCUGCAUUCUGUGUUGUUCUCUGCGCGUACGUCGGAAGAGGGAUGAAGAACGACGAGUACGACGACGUUUUGGAACCGCCCAUCAAUUUCUCGAUGGUGGAGGAUGGCAUUUUCAGAUCCGGCUUCCCGCAGCCGUCCAAUUUUCCUUUCCUCAAAUCGCUUAAUCUCCGGUCAAUCAUAUAUUUGUGUCCCGAACCGUACCCAGAGGAGAAUUUGGAGUUUCUUCGGUCUCAAAAUAUUCGGCUACUCCAGUUUGGAAUUGAGGGAAAGACGGAGCCUUCUGUAUCUAUUCUUAAGGAUACCAUCUUAGAGGCUCUGAAAAUCCUUAUUGAUGGGAGAAAUCAUCCAGUUUUGAUCCACUGCAAGCGUGGAAAGCAUCGGACAGGUUGUCUUGUUGGUUGCCUACGAAAAUUUCAGAAUUGGUGUUUGUCUUCUGUGUUUGAGGAGUACCAGUGUUUUGCCGGCGUGAAAUCUAGACCAACAGAUUUAAGAUUUAUCGAAGGAUUUGACAUAAUGCUGCUGAAGCAGUGCCUGUACAGCAUUAUCUACCAGUAUCAAGGUUACGGUUCAAACAAGAGAAGGUUGUUAUACAGAGAAGAGAAUUUACAGAAGCCCCAAACCAUGAAAGUUUAACAACACAGCUUUUGGAAUUGGAGUCGGAGGGCCCUUAUUUCUUUUUCUCCGGCGUUGCUACUAGUCUCACUUAGACAUACAUCAGUUUGUCACUGUGGCGUAUAAUAUGAGUCCACGGUGUUAUCCUCGUUAGCUUCUUCUGGUAAAAAAUCGAUUUGAAACCAUUCCUCUUGGAUUUGGUUUUCCAAUGGCAUCUCCGUUUAUUAGUUUGGGAUGAUGUGGUGGUAAUUGGUACAGACUCUACAGAAACCAAUUUGUACUCUCUUAGUUUCGUAAUGCUCUGUACAAUAACAUUACUACGGCUUGUUUGUUUAUUCUUUAAGAACUUCUCUCUAUUGAUGAAGACUUCUCUACUUUGUGAAUGUCA